GGAGGACCAUUGCAGAAGGCGCAUUGUUAUUGGUGGUCGCGAGAACGCAGAAAACACAAAUAGGCGAUACCUGGAGUGUCAGCCAACGCGACGACAGUAUUACCAUCAUGAGUAAGGCAAAGAACAAACCAGAAAAAGAGAAGACGGAAAAGGCCUUGGCUGCGGAAAAGGAGCAAUUCAAUAAGCAACAGCUCCAGAGCAUCAGUAAAAUAGUCAGUACAGCUGAAGUGCCACCAAAAGAAAAAUAUGUGCGCAAUAUAAUUUUGGGAACUCAUAAAGAAUCAGGAGCAACAACCUUCUGGUCCUACACCUCAAACUUGCCUUUGUCAAGUAACUCCAUGAUCAGCUGGAAGUUCUGCUAUCUACUGCACAAGGUGCUUAGAGACGGACACAGAAAUAGCGUAGCAGACUCCAGCAGACAUACCCGGGGAGUGAAAGACAUGGGUGUGCUGUGGGGGAAUUUGCAUGAUCGAUAUGGACACAUUGUGGCAUUAUAUGCCAAAUUUCUUUGCCUCAAAAUUGAAUUUCAUAGCAAGCACAAAGUGAUUCCAGGGAACUUGGAGGCCACUGAUGAGACCUUAGACAGACUAGCCGGGAGUGACAUGACCAGGGUGCUAGAUAUAACAAAUGAACUGCUGGAGUACCUGGAUGCUGCUCUUAAAAUGGAAGAAACGGUUCUGCGGCAAUUUGAUGCAAAUGGAGCCAAAUCCACAACUGCCUCUGGUCAAUGCAGACUGACUCCUUUGAUCCCUCUUAUUUUGGACUGCAGCUUUCUAUACCACUUCUCUGUUCUGUUGAUGUUUAAACUUCACAGCCGUAUUGCUCCUGAUAUUCUUCUUGGGCACAGAGAGAGAUUUCGUGACCUGUUCAUGAGCCUCAAGCAGUUCUUCAACAGAGCAAGAGAGACAGAGUUCUUUAAAACAUUUAUUCAGAUCCCAGAUCUUCCUGAAGAACCCCCAAACUUCCUCCGUGCAGCUGCUCUGGGAGAAUAUAAGAAGCCAGUGGUGGUCACUCCAGGAGAAGAACAUCUAGAAGAAGAGGAGGAGAAGCAGCCAGAGUACAGAGAGAUGCAACAAUAUUAUUUACUCAGUCAAAUGGGAAUGCCAGAAGCCCCUACAGAAGAAAAAGAAACAAAGAAUAACCCAAUGAAAAGAGAGCUAGAGGCCAUCAAUCCAGAGAUACAGCUAAUCAAGUCUGAGGCCCAAAAGUGUGUAGUGGAAUUAAAAUCGCAAGUAAAUCGUCUGGAAUCUGAACUGGAGGAGCAGCGCACACACAAACAAAUGGCUAUGGUGGAAAAUGAACACCUGAGGAUGGAAGUGGAGGCUUUGCGAAGUACCAAUGUGGCCAAUGCUGGCGCACAGCUUGGCUUUAAAGAAGCAGACAGUAGAGCUCAAGCUGCGGAGCUACGAUUUGCUCAACUUAAGGAAAGACAUGCUGAGCUAGUGAGCAGCCACGCCGAUCUCUUGAAAAAGAAUGCAGAAACAGUGAAGGUAUUAUCUCUUACAAAAGAAGACUAUGAUGACAUUAAAAAAACAAAAGAACAACUAGAAAAUGAAGUUGAAAAUUUGCGCCUGGAAAAAGGAACAAUGAUGAGUAAACAGCAGGUACAAGUUGACAGUCUCAGUAAAGAAUUGCUGGAACAAAGAGCAGAAAUGGCUCUAUUACGAAGCACCCUGGAAAACAAAGAAAAGGAGGGCUCUCUUGUGAGCAGCAGUUUGGCAGCUCUUCAGGCAGAGUGUGAUGUCAUGCUACGGUCAAUGAGAGAGAAAGAUGCAGAGCUUUCCUCCCUGAAACAAGAAGCACUACAGCGGCAGAGCACAGUGGACCUGGAGAGGGACAGACUCCUCAGAGAGAUCGAGUCUCUGAAAGCCCAGCUCCAGCAACAGCUGGCCAUUAAUGCAGAGCAGAAAUUAGAGAUUGACAGACUGAAACGAGAACUGGAAUCUGUACAUGCUCAACUUUCUCAAGCAAAUGCUGCCCUGCAAAGCAAAGAAAUGUCUGGUACUUACUUGAACAGUACACUAUCUGGUCUGCAAGCUGAAAAAGAGGCACUGUUACGCUCUAUGAGAGACCAAGAAGCAGAGUUAACUUCACUGAGACAACAAGCACAAGCCCAUCAGAGUUUGCUUCAGCAGGAAAGACACAGAAGCAGUAUGGAAGUGAACAAUCUACAAACACAGUUACAGCAGCAGGCCUAUCGUGAAGGUGAACUGUCUCAGAAAUUGCAGGACGAACAGUUUGGUUUACUGCAGUGUGCUGUGGUGGAAGCUGAAGGAAUCAUUUUAGAUGCAUUGGCCAAAGUGGAUGACCCCAUACAUAUACGCUGCGUCAGCUCUCCUGAUUACUUGAUAAACAGAGCUCAGACCACUAUGGCGUCAAUUGACAAAAUGCAGCAAAGCCAUCUUGUUUACCUUGGAAAUAGAAAUGAUGCCAGCGGUCUUUUAAGAGCAGUCACACAGUUUUCUCACCUUGCUGCAGACACUAUAGUAAAUGGAGCAGCAACAUCACAUUCUGCUCCCACUGACCAAGCUGAUUACCUAACUGAAAGCUGUCGAGAAUGUGCAACUCACUGCCUCAACUUUUUGAAAGACAUGAAGAGCCAGUCAACUUUGCCGAGAGCAGACCCCGCUGCCAUACGCUACACUGUGCAACGGCUUCUUGAUAUGGGAUAUGAAUUACGUCCAAAAGGGCAGGAUAUCUUGCAAGAAGAACUGGGAAAUAUGGUAGACAAAGAAAUGCUUGCAACAUCGACUGCCAUUGAAGAAGCUGUGUUACGAAUGGAUGAGAUACUCACUCAAGCCAAGAAAGAAACUUCUGGUGUUAAGCUGGAGGUCAAUCAGAGUAUUCUUGGAUCUUGUUCAGACCUGAUGAGGGCUGUUCAUAUGUUAGUGACUGCAGCUACAGAUUUACAAAAAGAUAUUGUGGAAGGGGGCAGGGGGGCAGCAUCCGUUAAAGAAUUUUAUGCUAGAAAUUCUCGCUGGACUGAAGGUCUUAUUUCAGCCUCAAAAGCUGUAGGCUGGGGAGCCACUCAGUUGCUAGAGUCAGCUGACAGAGUUGUUGGGGAGAAUGGUACCUAUGAAGAGCUGAUUGCCUCGUCCCAUGAAAUUGCUGCAAGCACUGCCCAGUUGGUUGCUGCUUCAAAGGUGAAAGCUGAUCGAAACAGCAAGAAACUGCACACUCUUCAGCAGGCAUCACGACAUGUGAAUGACAUGGCUGCUGUUGUUGUCACUUCCACUAAACACGGCCAAAAGCGCUUCAGUGAUGCAGGUAUAAUGGACUUUUCUGGCAUGUCUUUGAUUAAACUGAAGAAAGAAGAGAUGGAGGCACAGGUCAAGGUGCUGCAGCUGGAGAAUCAGUUGGAGCGGGAGCGUGUGCGUUUGGGGGAACUGAGGAAAAGACACUAUGAUCUUGGAGGAGCUGACACAGAGGAGGAGGAGAGCUUCCCACCACCUCCCCCUCCUACUUUACUGGACUCAUCAGCAGCACCUCAGCCUAAUCUCAGCACUCAAAGCACAACACAAACCAACCUUUUUACACCGACUCAGACUACGUCACAUUCCCAACCAUACACUCCACCAACAACAUUUUCUUCCCAGUCUUACACUCCCCCGCAAACAUAUUCAUCCACUUACAAUCAAGCCCAGAACCUCACCCCCUCUACGCCAUACACUCCCACACAGCCCUUUGUCCCAUCUCAACCCUAUGUACCCCCACAACACUACACACCAGAUCAACUUUACACUCCCUCUCAAAUGUACACUCCAGCUCAACCUUACUCACCUAAAUCACAGCGACAUUCACAACCAUUGGCAUCUCAGACUACAGGACAGAACAGCACAAGACUUAAAAAACCAAAUAUCUUCACCAAAUCAGGAAACUUGCUGAAGAAUGCUUUCAAGAAGGGUGAAUCUGGAACUGGAGAAUCAUCAGGCAAUCACUCUUAAAGUAGAACUGAUUUGCGUUUCCCCUUUGUGUAAACUAGAUUAAUACUCUAAAAUGUUAUGAUGCAUUGUAAAUAAUUUCAACAUGUUGUA